UCGAUCGGAGACUCCAAACUGGUUGAAAUACGUACACGGAUUAGUCACUUACCUGCUCUAUUUAAAUCCACAACGAAAGGCUACAAUCUACCCACAAUCUAUUAGGCUAAGUUUAGACACGUCGGUAUAUUAGUUGCAUUGCACGUUAUAUGUCUGCAUUGUUCCAAUAAAGCCAGUUGCAACGUUGAAUGAUUUAGUCGCCUUUCCGAGAGUGGCAAGUCAUUAUUAUUACAGUAGCGCACCUGGAUUUAGACAAGACAACCGUAUGUCAAACGAUUUGACACAUUUUCGACACAUUCGUUCUAAAAUCGCUGCAUUAAUCUGCACAGUACAAAGAAGCCAUUCUGUAAUUCAACCUCGAUCUCCUUUACAUUAAGCAGACUGGCUUUGAAGCCGAAAGAUACUGCCUCAUUGAAGCAAGUAAGCAAAGUAUAACGACAUAAACGAAAUCAACACACGAAGACUAUUCAUCUUUAUCUAUCAACCUUAAAAGGACACGAUGUAUACCUGCAUAUUACUCAUAAUUGCUUGUGUUGUUCGGAUGGUGGAGUGUUACAGCUCAGGCCAAGUUACCGCCAGUUGUGGUAGUAUGACACCCCAGCAUUCGGGGGGCACCACACAGACGAGUGCCAGCCCCUACUCUGUCACCGCUAGUCAGAGUACUUACAAAGCAGGAGAUACUAUCACAGUGACUCUCCAGGGAGGCUCCACUGCAUUCGCUGGUUUCUUGUUACAAGCUCGUGAGGUUGGAGGAAGUAGUCCUGUUGGAUCUUUUACUGUGAGCACUGGACAGGCCCAGCUUCUGACCUGCAGUGGGUUGCUUAAUUCAGCAGUUAGUCACACCUCAGAUGCAAGUAAAACACAAAUCCAAGCAUUGUGGAAGGCCCCAUCAUCAGGAACUCUCAAAGAUAUUGAGUUCAGAGCAACAUUUGUAAAAGUCUUCAGCACCUUUUGGGUUCAAGUUAAAAGUUCUGCAGUCACUUACAGUGGUGCACAGUCUUCUGGCAAUACUCCUGUGUCCAGCACUACUGCAGCACCGUCGAAUCCAUCCACAGGGGGCAUAUCCAGCACUGGGUGUGGAAACAGUAAAGUCUGCUUCAGUAAGCCCAACAGCUGUGACCCUUCGACUACUACUAACUGUUACUUCAUGUCAGCAUUGACAUCGUCCACUGAUUCAAGCACUAAGUUUGAAAUAGCUGGCCCCUCCAGUGGCUAUGUCGCUAUUGGCUUUUCAGAUGAUCAACGAAUGGGAAAUGAUGAUAUUUAUAUCUGUGGGCUAGACAGUAACGGCAAUAUUCAAGUGCAACAUGCCUAUUCCACUGGAAGAUAUGCCCCAGAAAUAUUGCCCCCGGGAAAUAUUUCUGUCACAGAAAACUCUUUCCAGAAUGGAAUCAUUAGAUGUUCUUUCACUUCUGGAAAUGCCAUUACAACUCAGCGAAGCGCCACAUCGAGUCCUGUUUACUACAUAAUGUAUGCUUAUGGACCUUCUAGUAAUGGUGAUAUUCUAGAACACACUGGAACAUUUAUCAGUGAUUCAAAAGUGGACCUUUCAAGCCCUCUGUCGGUCAACACAAAAGUCCCUGACAUUGUUAGAGCACAUGGUGCUCUGAUGCUCAUUGCCUGGAUGACCACUGGAAGCCUGGGCAUGCUCAUUGCCAGGUACCUCAAGUCAGUCACCAGAGGAGUAGGGUGCUGUGGUAAAGACCUCUGGUUUGUGGCCCAUGUGUUUCUUAUGGCGAUCACUGUAAUUGCAACAAGUAUUGCCUUCAUUUUGAUCUUCUCAUAUGCAAGGGACUGGAGUGGGGGAGCACAUCCAGUUCUGGGCUGUAUAGUUAUGAUUCUGGCCUUGGUCCAACCGAUUGCAGCUGCCUUUCGAUGUGGUCCAGACCAUACCUGGAGGUUCAUUUUCAAUUGGGCACACACUUUGAAUGCUGUAGCCAUUAAAUGCCUGGCAGUGGCUGCCAUAUUUACUGGCCUGUCAUUCAUUGACAACACUCCAGACAUGUGGAUCCAGAAAGUGAUGGGAGGCUUUGUCGCCUGGGAGGCCUUGCUUUUUGCACUCCAAGAUUUACAGUUCAGGUGUAACCAGAAAGAUGUACGGGAGACCAACCCAAACUCGAUGAAUGUGGAAGUGACACUUCUAAUUGUGUUCUUACUUGGGAACCUGGCGUUUUUGGUGGCCAUUCUUGCUGGAAUCGGCACGUCAUAAAGGUUUAUAGAGGAAACGACAGUGAACAUAUUGUAGGAAUGCCAAAUUCAUUACUUUGUAAUGAUUGUGGUCAACCAAAAAACAGCAAUGAUCUUCUGUCUUUAUUUUUCAUGUGGAUUUACUUUAUUUUGGGUCUAUGGCUGUAAAUAUAAAAUGGUGUUGGCAACAAAUUGUAUAAGGGUCUUUUUCAUAUUUUUAUGAAAACAUUUUUAGGUUUAAGAAACCGUCCAAAGAAACAACUCUUGCAAGGUUACUGCACUUUAAAAAAUGCAAGGCCAAGAGGAAAUGAGUCAACUUCCUAUUGUUUUUUUUUUUUUACCCCUUAUAUAGGAAAUAAAUUCUUAAGGUGAUGGCACCAUCAAAUACAAAAUAUGUGUGUGGCUUUGUCCAUGGGGUGAAAUGGGCCUCAUUCCCAGUGUGUGGCAAUGGCCACAAUCUCAUAUUGAAAUGCCAUUAUGCUUAUCAUCAAAAAGGUGUGUAUCAGUAAUCUUCAGUCUUUAUAAUAUGGAUUCAUUCACUGGUAAUGGAUAUUCCAGUUAACAGUGAUAUAGUGUAAAAACUCCCACUAGUUCCCUCUUCUGUUGUGAACUUUGCAUUCAUUGUUCUGACUCAUAUUGUUUUUGUCUGAUAUCGCUUCCUUAUCUCCCCUGUAUGCUACAUAUAAAGCUAAGCUAGUUAUUUUUUAACAUAUCAUACUUUAAGGCCUCCAUUUACCUCUAGUUAAAUAGGUCACUCAACAUGUUUUUUUAUUUGUACAAGUUGUAUAGUUUAGCAUAAGACCAUUCUAUAAGUUUGUUCAUGCUGUUACUGAUGAUGGUAAUGGUCUCAAUUUUUUGUGACUAAUAGCUGCAUUUAAGCAUACAAAGAAAUCUUAAAGACUACAUCAUCAGUGGAUAUAACGCAGUUAAAUUAAUACAGGUCAAACAAACAAGAGUAAAAAAUGAAUGGGAUAUCAAUAGGGAAUAUUGUGUAUGCAAUAAGUCUUUCAUAAAGCCUUCCUUUACAAUGAAUGGAAAAAAAUAUGUACAAAAUUCAUUUUUCAGGUGUUUUCUUUGCUUAGAAAAUAAUAAAUGUCUUAUUCUUUACAAAAGCAUUGUUAUGUUUGGGUGUAUUAACUCUGGUGUCCUCUUGGAUAUGUCCUACAUGUUGUAGCAUGGAGGACUGAGACGUGGACCCAGCACUCCCCACACUUGAAAGCA